CCUCGCCGCGAUUCUUUCUCCUCCGUCCGGGAAUUUUCCUUGUCACGAGAUGAAGACAUGUAAGACGGUGUCCACGUGCACCCCACUUGAGGAGGCUCAAGGCACACAUAUGUUUGAUAUCUUGGGUUACAGCAAGCACAGGGGCAUGGGCCACGACCGCGACAGCUAUAUUCGGUCCGGGUUUUUCACCGUCGGCGGCCACAACUGGGCCAUCUCCUUCUUCCCUGAUGGUUUCAGUGGAUAUGGCCAAGAUUACAUCUCAGUUUAUCUCGUGCUUGUGAGCCACAGAACUAAAGUCCGGGCAUCCUGCGACAUGAGGCUGGUGGACCAGUACACCGGAUGCUCGUUUUCAGUGCAUAACAUAGGACCUAGGAUUUUCAAUCCCGCUGAUACUACUAGGGUUGCUCCACAGACUCCUUGUUUCAUAAGGCGGGACGAGAUCGAGGGAUCUGCAUACCUUAGGGAUGAUCGCCUCACGAUUGAAUGCGUUGUCACUGUCUUCAAGAAGCCACAUGUUAGUGAAACCAAACCGUUCCGCGUAAUCGACAUGCCACCAGCUGACAUGACUGAGCAUGUUGCCAAGCUGCUCGAAGAAAAGAAGGGAUUUGAUGUCAGUUUCAUUGUUGGAGGAGGGACCAUUGAAGCGCAUAGGUUUGUUCUCGCUAUGCAAUCGCCUGUUUUUAAAGCAGAGCUCUAUGGGUCAAUGCGGGAGGCAAGGCCGGGGCAGUGCAUAACCAUCAAGGACAUCGGUGAGGAUACUGAGAUGGUCCGGCUUUUACUAGUGGCUGCUGACAGAUAUGCAAUGGAUAGACUCAAGUUGGUUUGCCAAAGCAUCCUUUGUGAGGAUCUGAACAAGGACACCGUGGCAACCACAUUGGCUUUAGCUGACCAACAUAACUGCCUCCAGCUUAAGGAUGCUUGCCUUCAGUUUAUCGAAUUAUCGGGUUUCAAGGAUCUCAAAGCGACUUGCCCAUCUUUCAUAGAGGACCUAUUGAAGAAGAGAAGAAAAGUUUCAUGAAGCAUGAGCAGCUAUAUUGGUAGAUUUGCUAAAUUUCUCAUACCAAUCUGCCGUAGGGAUAAUCAGCUCAAUGCUAGAUGGAUCCAAGUGUGGUUAGGUUAAUUCUCAAGUGAUAUGAAUGGCGUGAAAGUCGCACUAAUCAACCUGUCCAAAUCUGAACUUUUUAUUUAUCAGGUUGCUGAUUUUAUCUGGAGUGCUUCUCUGCUACCUGUAAGACUUGCUCUUAAUCUUCUUUCAAAAGUUCCUUCUUGUAUGCAACCUUUGUUGAGCA